AUGAAGACGGAACCUAAAAUCCGUCCUGUUGGCUUCACCCCCCCCUCCCGUUGCUCUUCACUUUCCCCUCCCGUUGCUCUUCACUUCCCUCCACCGUCGCCCUCGCUACCCCCUGCCAUCGCCCUGCUCAUUCUCCCGUCGCCCUCUCUUCCCUGGCUCACCCUGUUUCCCAUGCUCCUUCUCUUCUCCCUGUCUCAUCGCUGGUGCACUUGCGCCAUCGGUGAGUGUGGGCCAGCAGCAUCACCAGCACCUCUGUCUCGCUGCUCCUCGCCUUCCCCCGCCUGCUCUCCGCCAACCUCGCCUGGACUGCCCUCUCCCACCACCCGUCCACCUCUCCCUCACUGCCCUGCUCCUCCCCCCUGCCAGUUCCCUCUCCCCUCCUCCUCAUCCUGUCCCUCCGCCUCAUCUCCUUCCUCCACUCACUCCUCCGCUUCCUCCACCCCCCUCACUCAUCUCGGUCUCUCUGGUGUCUCAGUCGCUCCUCCCUCCUCCCUCUUCCCCUCCCACGAGCUCGCCUCUUUCACUCACUUGGACCCCUCCCACUAG